AUGCCCACUUACGUUGUGGCGACCAAAAACUGCGGCACGUCUAUCACCACUGUAACCUGGGAUUCUGCCCGUGGUGCCAGCAGUUACACUGUUAAUGCCGUGAGCACCUGGGGGAGUAACAGGACAUGCUACAACACAGACAGCUCCUGCUCUUUCCCAGACCUGGACUGCGGACAAAACUACACUAUAACAGUCACAGCUGAAGAUGACAACUGUGUGAGCCUGACCAGUGCACCUAUCACUGUCACAACAGAUCCAUGUCCACAGUCUGAUCUACAAGUAUCUCUGGACUGCAGCACUGACUCUGCUCUGAUCUCAUGGACCCCCGGUAGGGGCAUUCUGAUGUAUAACGCUUCUGCCAAGGGCUUUGAUGUAAAUCACCAAGUCAGCUGCAGUACACCUGGCUCUGCCUGCAAUGUCACCAACCUGCACUGUGGCAGCCGUUACCAAGUCAGUGUGAGAGGAGAAGGGCUCACCUGCCCCAGCCAAUCAGAUGACUGGAUUGCCCUCAAGACCGCACCAUGUCCACCCACUCAGGUGUCUAUCCAGUCAUCAUGUGACUCAGACACUGUGUCCGUUUCCUGGAAAGCCUCUCAGGGCUCUGUGUCAUUCAUGGCUGUUGCCGAGAGCAGCGGAGGUCAUAGGGUGACCUGCAACACCAGUGACCUCGCCUGUGAUAUUACAGGCCUCCAGUGUGGACAGACUUAUCAAAUUUAUGUUUCUGGUGUUGAUGAUGACUGUAUUGGAUCCAGGAGUGAAGUUCACAUUCUUAAAACAGCCCCUUGUGUGCCUCAGAAUGUGCACCCUAUUCUGGAAUGUCAAGCUACUGUUCUCAAUGUCACCUGGCAGCAGACAGGUCAAGCCCAUCACUACCACACCACAGUGCUGCGCAGCGAUGGUCAAGUGCUGGGGUGUGACUCUAAUACAACCUUCUGCCAAAUUCCCAACAUCGUUUGCGGACUGACUUACAGUGUGACCGUGGUCGCCUAUAGUCAAACCUGCAACAGUUCCCAAAGCUCUGUGGAACAUGUCACCUCAGCCCCUUGCCCACCAGAUGCUAUCUUUGCCGUCUUGGACUGUGAUUUAAACACUGUGUCUGUGUCCUGGGACUCGAGUGUAGAUGGUGUCCUCUACAUCGCACGAGCCUUUUACUCCAAUUACACAGAUUACUACAUGUGUAACACCACAGAAACCAGUUGUGAUAUCACUGUGGCCUGUGGCAUGGAUUAUAAUGUGACUGUAGUGCCAUUAAGGGACGGCUGCACUGGAGAGAACUCACUGGUCCAGUAUGUUACGGCAGCUCCUUGCGUUCCCCUCAUGUUGGACGUUGAAAUGGACUGUCUGUCUGAUUCGGCUUGGCUGACAUGGGAAGAGUCAGAAGGGGUGGAGCUCUACAUCGCCACAGCAACUGACAGUGAUGGAUUUGAGUACCAGUGUAACUCAACUGAUACCCAGUGUACCGUUGAACAGCUACAAUGUGGAAGAUUCUACAACUUUAGUGUGUUUGCAUCUAACAGUCAAUGUGACAGCCCCGUGAGCAACACUUUGCAGAGCGAGACAGCCCCUUGUCCGCCUCAGAAUGUGAUCACGUCUGUGGGGUGUGACACUGGUACGGUGAGUGUGUUGUGGGAUGAGAGCGUUGGCGCAUUAAGCUACACUGCCACUUUGGAGCGUACAGAUGGAGACACCACCUGCUGCACAGCAAGCUCCACUUCCUGUGAGGUCACUUCACUUCCCUGCGGCCAGAUGUAUGUCCUGACAGUCACUGCUGAGGGAAGGACAUGCAACAGCUCUCAGAGCAUUGAGGUCAUCGUACGCUCAGUUCCCUGUAUUCCGGAGAGUCUGGUGUCAAGUACUAGCUGCAGUAAUAAUGUAGUCACCAUGUCAUGGGUGAGCAAUGAGGCUGGGGAGCUCUAUACGGUCCAGGCCUUCAGCGCUGAUGGGUUAUUCUCUGACAGCUGCUCGGGGUUUGGUCAGUCAUGUGAUCUCAAAUCACUGACAUGUGGUGAGCCUUACACUGCUACAGUAGUAGCACAGGACAGCGUCUGCACCAGCGCACCAAGUCAAGUUGCUUCAAUCAGGACAGUGCCCUGUGUGCCGGAUAAUGUGACUGCUAAUGUGAGCUGCCAAGGGAAUGAUCUGUCUGUGUUCUGGGAGGAGAGCGCAGGAGCAGACUCUUACACAGCUGUGCUAGAGGACAGUAAUGGCCAAUUCACCAGCUGUCAGAGCAUGAUCCACACCACCUGUACAGUUAACAGACUUGUCUGCGGACAGACCUACCGUGUCAGUGUGACAGCAUCAGACGGAUACUGUGACAGCUUGCCCAGUGCCAUCACUGAAGUUCAGUCAGCUCCUUGUAUGCCUCGUAACAUUCGGGCACUCAUGGACUGUCAGUCUGGUGUGGCUAUAUUGUCGUGGCAGUCAAGCACUGGGGCGUUGCAAUACACAGCCACAGCAGUAAGUGAGUCUGGCCAUGUACUCAGCUGUGAAAAUAACUUAACUAACUGUGAGCUGACCGGACUGGCCUGUGGUGAGAGCUACAACAUCACUGUGUUAGCAGAAGGACAGACCUGUAGCAGCACUGCAACCAUGAGUGGACACCUGAAUACAGGUCCUUGCCCACCUCAGAAUGUUGAAGUGCAGUAUGGCGUGUCUAUUGGCCAGCUGUCAUGGGACAGAAGUAAAGGUGCUUCCAUGUACACAGCACAGGCUGCCACUGAUCUGGGAUCAGUGCUGUCCUGCUCCACCAGUGACACCUCCUGUGCCCUCUAUAAUGUGUCCUGCAGUCAGACAUAUGACAUCACUGUGACAGCACACAACAACGUCUGCCAAGGAGCUGCUGUGUCUGCAUCAACUACUUUAAACACAGAAUCCUGCCCGCCCCAGAACGUGCAAACCCAUCUGAAUUGUACAAGUGAUGUCGGGACUGUGUCUUGGGAGGAGAGUUUGGGGGCAGUGGCAUAUGUGGCUUUCCUGGAGGGUCGCAAUGGACACAUCCUGUCCUGCUCCACAAGUAGCUCCAGCUGCAGGGUGACGGGGUUGAUCUGUGGAACAGUUUACAGCACUCAAGUACGCGCCAUUGGAGAAACUUACAACAGCACAGACAGCGAAACAGUUAUCUUCACAUCAGCCCCCUGUCCACCAGAUUCCAGUGCAGUCACUGUUGACAUGAACUGUGAGAAUGCCACGGCAUUGUUCAGGUGGGCCUGGAGUGGCGGAGCUGCAUCCUACGAGCUCACUGCCAUCAGUAACAAUGGCUACAUCGCCUCCUGCAUUUCCCAAGACAAUUUCUGUAAUAUCAGCGAACUAGCCUGCGGACAGACUUACACAGUCAGGCUCACAGCAAUCAGUGAUGAAUGUCAAAUUACUCAAGAGACGGGAGUGACAUUCCAAACACGCCCCUGUGCUCCCUUGCAUGUGAAUGUGGACCUUCAGUGCAAUCCUAGCACAGCCGUAGUGACUUGGGAACAAAGUGAUGAUGUGCAAUACUACCUUGUUAGCACCACCCUCAGCACAGGAGAAGCAGAAACUUGUAACUCUACAUCUGACAGCUGUAAAAUGAGUGGGUUGCAGUGUGGAGUGGAGUACGCCUUCACCAUCACUGCCUACAGUCAUACAGUCACAUGCCAUAGUGACGCCAGCAGCACUGUGCACACUACAACAGGUAGAUGA